GUAAAAAUCGUGAAGAAGGAAGACCACUUAAUAAAAAUAGUAAGUUUGUUGGCACUAUGAAAAAUAAGAGGAUUGCAGAAAAAUUAAGAGAUCUAGAGGCUUAUUAUCGAAAAUGGAAUAAAACUCCUAGAGUUAAAUUAGAAAACCAAUUUAAUAAGAAUAAAAGAAAGAAAGUUUACUGA